CUCUAUCGUUUCACAACAACUUUUUUCUGUCGGAAUGUUAUUGUACUUUGAGCUGAUUUGAUGGGACUUGUCCAGUUUCAUUUUUUUUUUGUUUCCCGAAAUUGUAUGGAUUACCAAUGUUUCGUUUCGUUAACUUUUAUCGGGAAAACCGGGUUUUGUAAUUCCACCGUAUCUAGUAGCAGUCAGUCGACGGUCACCUGUCUACUGCUAACGGUUGUGCCGGUGAAGUAAGCCGUAGCCCAGCAUGAGCCCCUCUGACUGAGACGCAAGCACGUCUAGUGUUUUGCCAAACAGCUGAUAGCUUUCAUCAGUUAAAGCCAUGCCUGACGAGUGAAGUUACCUAUUUGCUCACAGAAAAACAACAGCCGACAUGUCUCUCCAUGUAGCUUCCUCCCUGUGCAUCCUGCUGGAGUAACCCCCCCCCCUCAACGACUUCCAGAUAGGCUCUACUGCCCUGUCCCCUCUCCACACCACCGCCCCACCACGACUUCCAGAUAGGCUCUACUGCCCUGUCCCCUCUCCACACCACCGCCCCUCCAUAUCCACCGGUCACAAUGCCGCUCCACCUCAGAAUGGCCAACACCUGAAUAUUCCCAUGCGUCCAGUGAGCGACGAGUUGGACGGUCCUGCUCCUCUUGAAAGCUUCUCGUGCCCCCUAACCCCAGUGGGCCCCCUGCCUGCCGCAGAGAUGUCCCUGCUUCACUCACUGGGCCCAGUGCAGAGCUGGCUGGGCCAGGAGCUGGAGAAGUGCGGGAUCGAUGCAAUGGUCUACACCCGCUACGUCCUCAGCCUGCUCCUGCACGAUAAUUACGACCUGCAGGAUCAGGAGAACGACAUCUUGUUGGGCUGGGAGAAGGGAACUGGGAAGAAAUGGGCCAAGUGUAAGAAGAAAGGAGGGACGGAUCUGAGUCUGGAAGAGAUAAAGAAACAAGCCGCCGUGCAGUGUCUGCGUUCAGCAUCUGAUGAAAACUCUGGAAUUGAGAGCCUGGUUGAGGAGCUUUGCUCCAAACUCAAGGACAUCCAGAACAAACAGAAAGAAGAUAAACAGCUCAAGACAUCUGAUGGAUCUCAGUCUCCCGAAGGAGUUGAGUCUCCUUCCUCAAAGGACCAGGUUGAAAUGUAUUAUGAAGCCUUUCCUCCUUUGUCAGAGAAAUCUGUUUGUCUCCAAGAGAUCAUGACGGUGUGGAACAAGGCUAGAGCCAUUGCUUACUCCGGUUCCUCGUCUUCCGCGGCCCCACAGACCAGCACCGACACCUCCUCCCCGAAAGAUUGCAACAGUGACGGUGAAGCUGCUAAGGAGAAAACCCCUGAGGCAUGCAGCACUAACCCAACCAGCCAGAGAACCCAGCAGAGACGCAGCAAGAAGGAGAAAGACAAACGAUUCCAUGGGGGCGCAACAGCAGAGGACCGAGCCACCGUCCAUGGCAAGAAGCAGGUGAGGCACAGGUCAGAGGGCAAGUAUCGCCCUCGUUCCUGGUCCUCUGGUUCUAGUGAGGCUGGCUCGAGCUCCAGCGGGAACCAGGGCGACUCCAAGACUUCCAGCAGCAAGGCGGGCAGGAUCAGGCACAGGUCCAAGGAGGUGUUCAGCAGGAGUAAGAGGGGGUGCCACAGUGGACAAGUGAAGCUGGCUCUGAAGGCUGUCGACAAAGAGGAGCGGCGGAAUGCUGGAGGCAGCAGCAGCAGCAGCGCCGCUGGAGGCCCUGUGAGGCAAACGCAGCUCUACAAAAAGGGGAGAAGACAGCUGAAGGAAAUUGGAAAAGAUCCAGGCUGGUGGGAAGAAAAGGAGUCUGGAGCUGAGGCCAGCAAAAAAAAGGAGUACAUGGAGGAGCCCCUGUGGUACACGGAGCCCAUCACAGAGUAUUUAGUACCUUUCAGUAGCAGAAGGAGCAAACUGGAAACAAAGUACCGGAGCAAGGUGGACUCCCCAGACGACUCGACUACGUCCACCGACUUCGGAAGGCUGUCUGAGAGAAUGCAAGGCAUCUGCAUUGCCAACACAAGCUUCCAGAGGGCUUAUCUGGCAGCCGGCACCUUUGUCGACGGGCACUUUGUUGAGGUGCCGGGUGACGCAGAUGAGGAUGCUACCGAACUCAACGGGACCUCAAGCUGCCCGCCGCCUGAGGAUAGUAGAGGGUUAGAUGAUGAGUAUCUGUCCGAAUUCACCCACUUCUAUGAAGUCGAUAUUUAUCAAUCCAUAUUGGAUCCUAGUGCCUCAGACUUGGUACAAGAGAGUCGAAUCUUGAACAUGAUUCGACAGAAGAGUGAAGAGCAAAGAGACUUUGAGGCAGAAUGUUGUUUAGUGUUAGAUGGCCUUGAGCUGCAAGGGGAAAGUGCAAUAAGGAUGGGCUGUCUGGAUGCUUUGGGAAAUGAUGGGUUCUUCAUGCAGGAUUUGGAAAACAUGGCUCGGUUCUGGGCAUGUUAUUCAUCUAGCUCUGAAGAUAUAGAUGGAGAAAGCUUUGCAGGGGACUCUCCCGUUCAGCUCUCCCCUGCUUUGGACGGCGUUCCAUUCACCAUCGGCACGCUGCCUGGAAACCUUGAGGAGCCUCAUCUCCCAGAAGCCACCAGUGAAGCUCCUGGUCUGAACUCCUCCUGUUUGUCUCUUUUUGAGCUGCAGUACGAUAGCCCAACUCUUCCUUUUGUCCCCGUUGGUCACGAAAACAACACAGAUUCAAGUAGCUGUCGAGAUCCACAUUGUAACAAGCAGUCUCGUUUGUUAAUAUGGACCAAAAAUAGUGCCUUUGAUGAAACUGAACACUGUUCGAACCUUUCAACGCGAACCUGCAGUCCGUGGUCUCAUUCGGAAGAGACGCGUUCAGACAAUGAGCACAUAAACGUUCAAACAGAGGAGUCCGCUCUAAUUGGCAAUGAAGAGAUUAAUUGUAUAAUCCCUCCCAUCUCUGGUGCAUACCUAGAGGAAGAAAUCCUGGACUUUUUACAAGAAAACAAUGGUCACCAGUGCGAGGAAGCCAAUGUAGGCCCUGUGUCCAAUCCGACCAUCGCAAAGAAAUCUAAAUUGGAGUCAAUUUGUGGAAUAGCGUUAGAACGGGACGAGAGCAAGCAGUACGACGCUGGCAUGUUUUCAGACGACUCAAACCAACCGAGUGACAACUACAGCUCAGGGAUAAUAAAGGACAUUUGGACGGCCGUCGGAGAUGGGGACCUCCUACUAUCACUAGGAGAAGAGAAUCCAGGCGAGGGCUUGUUUUCCCAGGAGUCGAGCAGCUACCUUCUCGACUUGCAGACCAAGGAAGAUGAUCCCGCCCAAGGGCCUCCGAAGAAGGCAGUGCAGCGCUCCGAAUACCACCUGUGGGAAGAAGGCAAGAAUGAAGCGCAAGCCCUCCUGGAUAAAAAACGGCUCUCGAAGAUGAAUGCUUCCGGGGAUUACAUGACGCCGUCCAAUCCCUGGGACGUGAACCCUGAGAAGGACAACAGGUCGUUCAUCCUGGGAGGAGUGUAUGGAGAGCUGAAGACGUUCAGCAGUGACCAGGACUGGGCCGUGGUGCCACCAGGCGACGCGAAAGGCAGCCUUCUACAGUGUGCCACUGCUGCCGCCUCGUCCUCUGGCUCAGACGUGGUAACUAUUGCUGGUACAGACCGUGUGUUCAUGAACACAGGCAGCUGCUUUGCCUCCGGCCACAAGCCCCUCUGGAGGCCCCUGGUCUCCUUCGGGCAGAGUGACCAGGCUACUAAAGGAGGUGAGGAUGGAUCGAAUAAGGGAUUUUCUUUUAUCUUCCAUGAAGAUUUACUCGGAUCCUGUGCAGGCUUCCGUGGUGAGGAGCCGGGGAUCGACUACCCGUUUGCGUCCUUUGAUCUGAACAAUCCGUUCUCUCAAGUCCUCCAGGUCGAGUGCUCCUUUAAUCCUGAGGAGAUGGCUUCGUUCAGCCCGGGGUUCAAGCCCAAAUCUAUAUUGUGCUCGGACUCGGAGAAUGAAGCUUUCCACCCACGGCUAUACGGCAUCAACCGGACCACCCAGUACAGGGCUAUCCGCAUCUCCCCCAGGACUCACUUCCGACCAAUAUCAGCCUCGGAGCUGUCGCCCGGCGGAGGGAGUGAGUCCGAGGUUGAGUCCGAGAAAGAAGAGAUGAGUGUUCCCGUCUUGGCCCCGCCGGAUGUCUCCGACGACCCUCAGGCCGACCUCAAACCACUUGAGGAGGAUGCAGAAAACGAGGGCCCGUGCUACGGGAAGUCAGAACUGCAAUCUGGGAAAUUCCUGCCCAGAUUGAAGAAGUCGGGCAUGGAGAAGAGUGCCCAGACCUCACUGGAUUCUCAGGAGGGCUCUAGCACCCUCCUGCCAAUCGCUGAGCAGGAGACUUGCUUGGACUGCGAAACAGCAAGCGCACAGAUGGAUGUCCCAGUCGACAAGAUUCAGGAAGAAGAAUCUUGCAGAGAAAAGGAAGCAUGUAAAUGUGCUGCAGCUGGUCAGAGUCCCACAUAUGGGAAAACCUAUGACUUCGUUGAAGAUUUGCAUGAGUUCCCUCUAUUAAAUAUUAGCGGACAGGGACUAACUGGUAUCCAGCAAGAUGAUUGCUGGUGGCAGAACACAAUCUGUUCCCCACUUUUCCCUGGACCUCAGUGUACAGGGAGCAGCAACAUCUGAGCAGGCCAGCUCUGUGGCGAGGAAGCCCAUCGUCAGGAAGAUUUGGCCUCUUCUCCUUUGACUGCACCUCUACUUGCAAACAUAUGGGGGGGGGGGCUCGCGACUUAGAAACAAUAGGCUUCUGGACAGAGGAACCCUUCUACAUCCCACCCUUAACCCUGCUGAUUUUCAUUUUACUAGAGUCUUGUGUAAUCAACAACAACAAAAGAGGCUGCAAGUAGGAAACACUCGAAUAUGUUCUACAUGUCUCCAUGUGAUGUCAUAUCUGAGGACGUAUGCAGUUUAGAUUUGGGUUUUAGUCGAUUCUUCCAGACACAAUUCCGUCUUAAUUAAAGAGUCAAUUAGAUAUUAGGGACAGUCUUGUUUUUUCUCUCCAUUGGUUUUUCACAAUUCUUUAAAAAAAUAUAUUUUAGCUUUUGACCUAGGAUACUGGUAGUUAUGGUUUCCGAAUGGUUGAGCAUGUUGCUGUCCUAAUAGUCUCACUCCUUAUUUUCUAGUGUAACUGCUGCAGUUUCCUUCAUCCGACUGGGAUGCCUCUCUUCAUAACGUAUGAAAGCGCUGCGUUUGUGUCUGUGUUUCUCUUCAUCCCUAUCAUUUAGAAAGAAGGUGGACAUUUUUGAGUAGCGUGUGUGCCUUUUCUGACUGAGGGAAAGAAUGUGUGCAUCUUACCUCUCAAAUCUGUAUCAAAGACACACACACAGACACAGACACAGACACAGACACAGACACAGACACAGACACAGACACAGACACAGACACAGACACAGACACAGACACAGACACAGACACAGACACAGACACAGACACAGACACAGACACAGACACAGACACAGACACAGACACAGACACAGACACAGACACAGACACAGACACAGACACAGACACAGACACAGACACACAGUGUGCAAAGUUGCUCUAAAUGAGUAUGAUUUUGGGUGAUUGUCUGAUUUUCAGAACCUUAGUAGUAGACACAGUAGAAAUGGUUUGUAAGGUAAAAAAGUCAAAUCAACCCCCCCCCACCAAAAAAAAAUAUAUGUUAAAAGUACAAAACUGCUGUUAAAUGCAAAAAGCAACAAAAAAACAUUGUUCAGCUCAAUUUGGGGUGUAAUGGCCCUGAAACAAAAAUAUUUAAUUAUAGCCAUUUCUACAAAGGCACCGAUUUGCAGCAAUUGAAAGGUUUUUUUGUGAACUCCAUAGUCCAAACAAUUGGCGCUAUGAAUAUGUUGACAGUUCUGUAGCAGUUUCGAUAUUGUGGCUGUGUAAUGUAGAUCCUGUAGUUUGUUUGUCGUUGCAGAAUGGAGAAAUCGGUUGAUCUUUUGGCGAAAAUAAUUGUGAUUUUGAUAGUCCUCGCUUUGACUUGGUUUUCAUUUUUAAAGAAGAGUUAAGUUUUUAAGAACUUUUAACUAGUAAGUUAACUGACCUGUAAUAACAAUGGGAAUAAAUAGUUAUUUGAUUUAAAUCUUAUCAGAUUGAGUCUAUUACAGAUAAUAGUGUCAGUGUGUUCAUCCUAUUGUAAGGUCUACAGUAGAAGCAGGAUUUUAAAGACAAUGUAUCUCUAUCCAGACACUACUUAACUUAAAAGAGAGUAAUAUUAAACAUUCAAGGAAAAGGUGGUCAACCCAAAAUAAUAAUUUGAUGCAUAAACUAGGUUUAAUCAGAGGCCCGACGACGUUUGAGUGAUUGUUUCUGUCGCCUGUGCAUUGACUAUUAAAUCCUGAGUUAACGCACACUUUUAGACGAAAUGCAUUUUGUUUUCCAUGUGCGUUGUUUAUCUUUAUCACUGCAGUGGUUUAUUUCGGUUUUUGGUUCCCUCCUUCCACUUAAAAAUAUUUAGUUUUUCGUCCUCAGAAAACCGAGGAAUUGAAGCACAGUUACCAUCCCUCCAUGUUCUCUUGUGACGCAUCUGUUAUGCAGUCCAACAAUGUGUCCGCCAACAAUGUGUGCACACUGGUUCUAAUGCACUGUCACAGGGCACAGGGUCUCCAUUGUGAGCACAGUCAUUGAUCCUAAGUUUUUAUUUGAUUUUUUUUAUUGUUAUUAUUCAUCGACCCCUUAAUGGACAGCCGUAUCUUGAGUUGGUUUGGAAAAUGGCAUAGUCGAUAACAAUCCAUUUCAAUAUGCCAGGGCCUCAGUCUGCCCCAUAAUUGUGGUGUGGUGUUCUUCACUUGUGUUAAACCGAUUGAAACUUGAAUGAAAGACUGCUCUGAAAAAUGUCAGGCUACUUUCAAUUGUAAUUUAUUUAGACUGUUGUCAGUCACUCAGGAAUACUUAAAUACUAAAUGUUUUUGUCAAAGUAGGUGGAAAACACUUAAUUCUGUGGCAGUGCAUCAGUACAUUCAUUCAAUCAUUAAUUUAUUACUGAAACUUUAUUUGAGGAAAAAAUAAACAGGCUUUUAUUAAUCCCAAGCUUCCUACAGAGUUAAUUGUACAGCACCAUAGUUUUAGAGCUAAGCCUGACCGAGCCGUUUUGAGAUUGCUUAAGCAAUGUGAGGGGGACCUUUCAUGGUCCUCGGUCAUAUGCAAUCUUGGCGCAUGCGAACUUUUAAACAUUCAAGUGUACGUGGAGGAAAGUCACUCCGUUUAUUUUGCAUGACUUAUUUUUCAGUACAGGAGAGCUGAGACAAAGAUUGAACUGUUAUGGAGUGUCUUUACAAAUAAGAGCAGCAUGUCAACACCACACUCCAUCGAAGUUAAAUUAAACCGGUUUUGUAUAUGACAAUACGUACAGGCCAGGAUAAAGCAGUGACUUAUUUUUUAUUUAAUUUUUACUUUGUGUGUAGAUGUGUGCGAGACAGAGUCACAGCACCUACAUGGGAGUUUGAAGGAAAUGCAUUCAUUUGUUUUUCUGUUUAUAUAUCGAGGGGAAGUUGAGAAUGCAUCGAGGGCGAAUAUGCAUUUUGAAACUACAUUGACAAAGUUUAACCUUGAGUUUUGCUUGGUCUGAAGGACAUAGCAUAUCCGGCACUGAGAACCAGUUUUCCUAGUCUCGUCAUUCCUACCAGAUGACACCCUCCCUUUGUCCCUCAUCCUCAACUCUCAUCUGUCUCAAGUGGUUGUAUUGUUCUAAUUUCAUGUACACCCUGAGUAAAUUAUUUUGUUUCAUUGUGGAGUUUCUUAACAUCUAAUAAAGGAAUAAACCAAAUCA